GUUCUUGCUUAGUGUUUCAAGAACAGUAAAGAAAAACAUACCUCGUGCUCUGUAUUAUUUUAAUAAAAAGUUUGUGAUACCGUGAAAAUGGCACCAAGAACCGUUUAUGAAAUAGUUAUUUUACGCGUAUCAUUAGAUUCGUCGGUCGAUCUGCUUCACCCUGAUAUCCAGCAGACAGAACACAAAAUUCUACCAGAGUUACCUGAUGUACGCGAGAGAAAUUGCCUGGAGCAAGUGACAUUACGGGAAAGAGAUUCAAUGCCCGCAAAUGUAAAUAUACGUUUUACAUAUUGGCAAGUGAAAACUGGCGAUUUUAAUCUUCUUAAAGUUGCCAAAUAUGACUUUGAGCAUUUAUUAAUUGUCAUGGGAGAAGAGCUCACUUACUACUUCUUAAGCAACUCGAAGAAUCAAACGAAUAUUUCAGGAUUUACGGCAACACCGCUAACGUAUUGUAGCUGCUGCUUAAAUACAAACUAUUUGAAUGUAAUUGAAGUAAUCAAAAAUCAUACGAUAAGAACACUAAUUAAAAAAAAAGGUUGGUUGCCUUAAAUGGCAAUGUUUUCUAAACUAAGAACUAUAGACUUAGACGUAAUUUUACAUAAUUUAAGUCAACUUAUCACGUAUUUAUUCCUAGCCUUAACUCCAUUUAAUUUAGAAAACAUAGAUACAUAGUUUGAAUAAAAUUCCACCAAAUAUGUCACACAAAACAUCAUUUUUCGU